AUUCUCUCCAACCGAGAAGGUUCAUGUUUAAAGACUGAUUUGUUUUGCAGUGAAGAGGUUUGUGUUCUUCAGUUUGGUCAUUUUUUAAAAACAACAUUAAUGUACUUCUCUCUUUGGAGUGUUUUAUUGAGCAAAUCGAAUGUCUUUAGGUUGUCUCAGGCUGGCUGUGAGCCGUGCAGUGAGAGCCUCGUGUUCCUCCACAAUCCCAGUGACGCUCCUCCUCCUGUAUAAACCCCAGUACAGCAGAACCACAUGGAGUUACCUGGGUAUAAAGCUCCAGCAGUGGACGUUGUUCUCCACCGUAGCAGGUGACGAUGGAGACGCUACCGACACUAACGAACCACCGGAAGGGAAGAAGAAGAAGAAAAAACAGGACCCAAAAGCUCGAAUAACUAUCAGUAGUGUGGGCAGGAAGAUCCACCAGCGGCACCUGCUCCUGCUGGAUGAGGAGGGCGAGAGCCUGGGGACCGUGCACCGGGCCGACGCCCUGAGGCUCAUGGAUGAAAAAGGGCUGAAGCUCGUGCCUGUGAACGAGAAGGCAGAGCCACCAGUGUACCGGCUCAUGAGCGGGAAACAGAUUCACGAGGAGCAGAUGAAACUGCGGGAGAAACAGAAAACCAAGGCGACAGGUGUCGUCCAGGUGAAGGACCUGACUCUGUCCUCUGAUAUCGCGCUACACGACCUGGACACAAAACUGAAACAAGUCACGAGCUGGCUGGAGAAAAAGCACCACGUGAGACUGAUGCUGAAGCCGAGACGAGACCAGAGUGACCAGGCGCUGGACUCGAUCCUGGACGAGAUGGUAGGGAGAAUACCGGCUCCGCUCGGCUUCGUCAACAAACCCAAACUCAUCCGCGAGGGUCGAGCGGCCAGCUGCGUCCUGCGUCCUCCAUCUGCUAAAGAGCUGCAGGCGCAGGGGACGCGCCCCGCAGCACACACUUCCUCAGACUCCCCCAAAGCAAACCCUGAGAAACAGGAAUCUCCACCCGAGCUGGACAGAGACUCUCAGCAGCAGUGAUUUGAUGAGGAUGAAGUGUUUCUCUCACACACACUCAGGUGGAGUCAAUGAUCACAACCAAAACGGUCCAUUUAAAAACUUUAGCGAGAUCAGGAAGGAAGCUGAAGGGACUCCGAUCCUGACCAACCUCCUGACUUACCUGUUCUUGGGGAACACAUUUUCACGGUCAAUCGUUUUUCCAGACAUUUUCCAGGCACACUGCUAUAGCAGCUGACCGUUUGCCCGACUCUGGGGUAGAUGAAGUUAUGAGUAAAUAAUUGAAUGCAAA